AUGCUGGUUGAAAAGCUGAGGGAUCAGCUGCCAGCCGGAAGCGCGCGGAACUAUGCCGCUAUGCUGGUCUUGAACCACCUAGAAUGCUACUCGAAAAAAGGUGGCCUACAGAUGGAAGAACGAGGUCGUUUGGCUGUAGUGUCCCUACCUUUGGAGUUUCUUUACAUGGCUUGGUACAAUGAUGUGGGAAUUGAGUUGAGCGAGAGGCAGCUCGAGAGUUGGCCCUCGCAUGUAUGGAAAAACUCUGCAAAUCUAGGGGUCAACUUGUAUUCAUUAGUAACACAGCCAAAUUCCCGCUUGAUACACGAUCGACUUCGGGAUGUUCGGACCCUUCUUAGCUUUGGGGCUGUGGUGAACCGAUAUCACGAGCUGAUCCAACUUCAGCAUGGUGGAUUGAGUGCCCUUAUGAAGACUUACCAACAUACCGAGCCACAUAACUGGGACCCCCCACUAAUUUCACCUUCGCCUGCGUCUACACAGCCCAUGCUUUCACGAAUAUAUGCAAAAGGUCCUAGUGGCGAAGCUGAUAGCUCUGCGUGGAGUUGGCUUCCCUGGAGAGCCAACAAAUCCUCUGAGGAACAACAUCUAGAGCGAUUCGGAGUCUUGGGAUCAACACCCUUACCCCCCGUGGAAGCCUUUCCACUCCACAUACCAGAAUCAACACCCCAAUUUCAUUCGAUUCCUCGCCAGGAAGCAUCGAUUGACCUUUCAUCCAGCGGGCUCUCAUGUUGUGACUCGGGUACGAUUUCAUCAUCUGGGACAAAUGAAAGCAUCGCGACUACUCAGAUAAGCGCACUGGAGCGCCUGGAAGCAUAUCUCAGCGUACUUGGAACACCACAGUGCGAACCGAUUAUACCCAAGCCUAUCAGAAAACCUCGUCUGCCCUCGCUGGAAGAGGCUGAAGAAACGGCCCAAGUACAAACCCUCCAGGAGCCUGUUCGCAAGCCAAUCCAGUUUUCUUUACAACCGCUGACGAUGAUCAUUCAAAAGAAACUACCAGAAUUGGCGAAUAGUGAUAAAUUAUGCCCUUUGCGUUGGAUGACUGGAGAGGAGCUCAAGUGCCAAUGUGUUGCUCAGAAUCCGGUGGGUUAUCGACUCCAAGUACUGAAAGGGAAUAAGCGACUGGCAUAUCUCAAGUCGAACUUGCCGAAAAUAGCAACAUCGUACGCCACAAGAUCACAAAUGAUAAUCCUAGUAGACGAGGGUGAUUUUGGCGACCGAUCAUGA